CGGCGGCGGCGGCGGCGGGCCCAUGAAAGACUGCGAGUACAGCCAGAUCAGCACGCACAGCUCCUCGCCCAUGGAGUCGCCGCACAAGAAGAAGAGGACCGCGGCCCGGAGGAAAUGGGAGGUGUUCCCGGGCAGGAACAAGUUCUUCUGCAACGGCCGGAUCAUGAUGGCCCGGCAGACGGGCGUCUUCUACCUGACGCUCGUGCUCAUCCUGGUCACCAGCGGACUCUUCUUCGCCUUCGACUGCCCGUUCCUGGCGGUCAACAUCACCCCCGCCAUCCCCGCGGUCGGUGGCGUCCUGUUCUUCUUUGUGAUGGGGACCCUGCUACGCACCAGCUUCAGUGACCCCGGAGUCCUCCCGCGAGCCACACCCGACGAGGCCGCCGACCUGGAACGGCAAAUAGAUAUUGCAAACGGCACCAGUUCAGGGGGGUACCGCCCGCCUCCCAGAACCAAAGAAGUCAUCGUCAAUGGCCAGACUGUGAAACUUAAGUAUUGUUUCACCUGCAAGAUCUUCCGGCCCCCUCGCGCCUCUCACUGUAGCCUUUGUGAUAACUGCGUAGAACGGUUUGAUCACCACUGUCCCUGGGUAGGCAACUGUGUGGGGAAAAGAAACUACAGAUUUUUUUAUAUGUUUAUUUUAUCCCUGUCUUUUCUGACAGUCUUUAUAUUUGCAUUCGUUAUCACCCACGUCAUUCUUCGUUCCCAGCAAACAGGAUUCCUAAAUGCCCUGAAGGACAGCCCUGCCAGCGUGCUGGAAGCCGUGGUGUGCUUCUUCUCCGUCUGGUCCAUCGUCGGCCUCUCGGGAUUCCACACGUACCUGAUCAGCUCCAACCAGACAACCAACGAGGACAUUAAAGGAUCUUGGUCCAAUAAAAGAGGGAAAGACAAUUACAACCCCUACAGCUACGGAAAUAUCUUCACCAACUGCUGUGUCGCCCUGUGUGGCCCCAUCUCUCCCAGCCUGAUUGACAGGAGAGGGUACAUCCAGCCCGACACCCCGCAGCCAGCAGCGCCCUCCAACGGGAUCACCAUGUACGGGGCCACGCAGUCUCAGAGCGACAUGUGCGACCAAGACCAGUGCAUUCAGAGCACCAAAUUCGUUUUGCAGGCCGCAGCCACGCCCCUGCUGCAGAGCGAGCCCAGCCUCACCAGCGACGAGCUGCACCUGUCGGGGAAGCCCGGCCUGGGCACGCCCUGCGCCAGCCUGACGCUGGGCCAGCCCACGCCGCCCUCCUCCAUGCCCAACCUGGCCACCGAGGCCACGCUGGCCGACAUCCUGCCCCUGAAGGAAGAGCACGGGGGCCACCAGUUCCUGACCCCCGACGAGGCGCCCUCACCGCCCCGGAUGCUGGCGGCCGGCAGCCCCCUGGCACACAGCCGCACCAUGCACGUGCUGGGCCUGGCCAGCCAGGACGCACUGCACGAGGACUCGGUGCGCGGCCUGGUGAAGCUCAGCUCCGUGUGAGCUGCCGGGCCGGCCCUGGGACUGCGUGACAGGUGCAGCGGGACAGCCCCAGCGGGGCACAGAGACCACUUGGAUGAGGGCAGGCCCAGCCCGGCCAGGGGGUGCUCAGAGCUUGGUUUUAUUUGAAUUUUCUUCUCCACCCGGAGCGCUUGGACGAACAUGAGCGGACACAUGGCUGUGCCCGGGGACUGCGGGGGCUGCAGGGUGGGCCUGGGGAGGAGGAGCCGAGUCUGGGCGGAAGCCCCGGGGCGAUCCGCUGCGGACGGCUCCUGGCACUUGUGGCCGAAUGCCCUUGCCCUUGUGUGUCGCGAGGCUCCUGCUAUUGGAGUAGACACGCCGUUCCGUUCGUUCCUGAGAAAACGCCACACCUAAAGGGCACCACACCGCCCCGCCGUGGGGCUGCAUGCCGGCCAGAGCCCGUCCCACAGCCGUGUCGGCGCCCGAAGGCGGCGCUGCGCCCUCGCUCCCCUCUCUCUCCGAUGCUGUGGACUCUCAAGUGCUGUUUUGUCAGAAAGCAGCGCAGCAGACCGAGCCUCCGGGCGACGCCAGUGCCACCACUUACAGCUUGUUGCACUCAGUGAGGUGUGGACGGGGCCUCCCGGGCUGCCUGGCCUUCUGUCCUGUAGUUAGGUAGCUGUCCCUCGGCCGCCCCCACCGUGUGUGACCAGCCUUCCCGGGACAGCCAAUAAACCUCGCCCUCUGUUACUUAG